GCGACUCCAUUUUGUUCGCCGCUUCUCUGCUCGUAAGUCGUGUCUUGCUGUGGCUUCUCUGAGCCGGAAAGUUUAAAAAGGGUAAAAGUUUUCAAGAAUAUUCUGGAACUCUGUUGCUAAGCCUAGCGAGUCUCCAUUUUCUCUCCGCAGCAAACGUUGAGACCGGUUCCGGAGGAGCGGCGAGGAUGCGGCCCUUGGACAUCGUCGAGCUGGCGGAGCCGGAGGAAGUGGAAGUGCUGGAGCCCGAGGAGGACUUCGAGCAGUUCCUGCUGCCCGUCAUCAACGAGAUGCGGGAGGACAUCGCGGCGCUGACGCGGGAGCACGGGCGCGCGUACCUGCGGAACCGCAGCAAGCUGUGGGAGAUGGACAAUAUGCUCAUCCAGAUCAAAACGCAGGUGGAGGCCUCGGAGGAGAGUGCCCUGAACCACCUGCAGAGCGACGGCGGCGACGGCCGGGCGGCCACGAGAGGCGAAAAGGCGGAGGAGAAGGCCAAGGAGAUCGCGAAGAUGGCAGAGAUGUUGGUGGAGCUGGUCCGGCGGAUAGAGAAAAGCGAGUCGUCCUGAGCGAGGGUCGGCGGUUUUCAGCCAGUGGAUUCUGGUCCGCUGACGGAGACUGGCUGACACCCUGGAGAAGCUGGACCCGGAGAGCCUUCCGUUCACUCCCUCGUUUUCUCUGUGCUCUGUCCCCAUUCACACUACGUUUCUGCUGUGGUCUGCGGGUGACGACCUCAAUACGAGUUUUGCCUGCCGGUGUCGUGUCUGGGAAGCAGGGCCCAGAUCGUAAGUUCCUGCAGCGGUCCCCUUUGUUCUGGGCUCUGGUAGUUUCCAAAUGUUGAGGUGCUUCGCCCUUUUAUAGCUCCCUGGAACUGUGUGACAUAUGAGACUCAGAGUUGGGGGUCCCCAGCUCUGGAGGUGCUGAAGGAGCUGCUUGACUUCAGAAGACGACUCUGCAGCAAGCAGCUGCUAAAGAAGCUGACGAAGGGACCAGACUUCGACCGGGAAUGGGAGUGGGCCGACCUGGCUGAAACUAAUGACCCGGACGAUGGCUGAAGAUGGUGUUACCUGUAUUUUGGGACUUGAAGUUUUUCUGUGAGAGACCAAAGGAGGAGAGAUGUAUUUUGUUCAAAGUUUAAACUUGACACGGCACACUGUCUGGUGUAA